AUGGCAGCUGAGUGUCCCACAGCAUCAGGUGCCGAUGUCCCAGAGACCACCUGUUUCGCCCUGGUGUCCUACAGCGACAGCGACAAGGACUGGGUACUCAAGCAUCUCGUUCCCAACGUAGAGAGAGACGACAAGAUCGUCCAACUUUUCCUCAAAGACAGGGAUUUCGAGCCGGACGUGUCAAAACUCGACGCGUAUUCCGAGAUAGCCAGAAACUGUGACAAGAUCGUCGUACUGUUGUCCCGGAGUUACGUCAGGAAUGGCGCGUGUGUGUGGGAACUUGACCAAGCCUUGUCGUCCGGUCACAGACUCGUUCCCAUCGUCCUUAGCGACUGUGACGUACCACAGACUCUCAGGCCCUUCGGCCCCUUGGUGUACCGCGCAGGCGCAGGAGAUGGGGACUUCUGGGAAAGACUUCGAGACACGAUCACUGGAAAGACGAAAGAUCCGUCUUUUGCAAGAGGCCGGACCAAAACGUUCCCAAAACUCCCGACUGUUCUGACACCCAGGACGGCUGAUGUCAGCGCUGUUUGCGGGAUGGUGCGGGAAGCCCGAGUGUCUCUCUCGCCAAUGACGUCAGCUGGGGACCGAACACACGCUCUCCCGCCAAUGACGUCAGCUGGGUACCGAACACACGCUCUCCCGCCAAUGACGUCAGCUGGUGGCGGAGCACAACACGUUGUCGGGAUCUGGGGGAUGGGCGGUAGCGGGAAGACCGUGCUGGCUGUCUUGGUGGCUCAGGCAUUGGCUCAGGAGGACAGGAGAGAGGUGUUUUGGAUGACGUCAGGAAGACGUAACAGCGUGCUGGAGAACUUGGUGGAUCUGUUCGCCGACAUGACCUGCAGUUACCUCCCCUUUACAGAACUCAGCGACAUCAUCAGCGCCAUACGUCAUCACACACAUGACAAGGACUACGUCAUCGUCUUGGAUGACGUUAGGAAUGUCGAACAUGCGGAAGACAUCAUCGACGCGAUGGCAGGCAGGUGCCAGGUGCUAGUGACGUCACGUGACGUGCAGGUGUUUCGCGCCUUGCAGGUGUCUCAGGUGCACAACCUCAAGACGUUUGAGAAGCGUGAGUCCGAGACGCUGCUUCUCAAGAAAAUCGGACUGAGCUACGCCUUGGAUCCGUUCGACGAAAGGAGGGUGAUGGUUGACGUCAUCCUGCAGGCGUGCGGUGGGCUCCCCCUGGCGAUUUCUGUUGGUGCUGCCACCAUUCAAAACUCGGAGGAUGUCAAUGUGUGGAGAAGCACAGCAAGAGCUCUGAAAAGCCACGGUCCCUCGACAAAGGAAGGCACGGGAAACAGACACGUUAGCAAUGUACUAAAAUCUUUUGCCGUUAGCCUAAACGCUUUGACACCAGCAUUGCAGCGACGUUUUGUUCUUUGUGGGGUCUUCCCCGACAAUGUUGAUAUCCCCAUGGACACAUUGGCUAUGUUAUGGCGCACAGAGUGUACGAAUCUUUCAGAAGUUGAAUCUCAGAGAAGUGCUGAAAGUCUUAUCCAACGGUCGUUGUUGUUGGAAGGCAGGAAACCUUCUACCUAUCGUCUGCACGACAUAGCGCAAGACAUUGCCAGACCUAAGCUCGGCGACGAAGAGCCUUCGGUGCACAGACGUCUGAUCGCAUCGUACAGAGCAAAGUUGGGGAGGAGUUUGGAAGACUGCUGGGACGAUGGUUACUUCUUCCAGCACAUCUCGUAUCACUUCAAGCAAGCCGGAAUGACGGACAAAUUGAUGAAGAUGUUUGUGAGCUACUCAUGGUUGAAAGUCAAGCUGGAGCGCACGGAUUUCUUUGCUCUUCUUUCUGAAUUCAAGAACGUUGAGCUUGACCUACCCGAAUCUGUUGUCCAGGUGUAUGAAGCUCUAACCUUGUCGGGGCGCGUCUUGUGUGCGGACAAGACUCAACUCGGUGCACAACUUCUUGGCAGGUUGACGAAAUCCACCAACAAAGACAUCAUUCAGCUUCUUCAAGAAGUGGAAGACAGAUCCCAGGUUGCGUUACAUCCUUGUAGACAGUGCUUAACGGCCCCCGGUGGACCCACCAUUGGUACCUACAACAGACUUCAAGAGGCAGUGCUUUGCAUUGCUGUCACUAACGCGCUAGGGCCUAAGAGGGUCUUCAUGGGGUCUGCCGACCGCACGAUAAGAGUGUGGGACUUGGAGUCUUGCAGGGAUGUCAGCGUUCUACUAGGUCACCAUGGUGACGUGACCGCUUUGGCGAUCAGGAAGGACGACGCGAUCCUCGCGUCAGGAUCCCGGGAUUCCGCCGUGAGGAUCUGGGACGCGGAUCGCCUGACCUUGCUCUGCACGCUCGAAGGUCACAGGGGCAGCGUCAACGGAGUUGCUUUCCUGGAAGAUGGCGCCACUCUGGUUUCCGUGUCCAGCGAUCAAACCGUGAAGGUCUGGAAGCUGGACGCCUUACCGGAACCUCAGGCGUCAAAUGUGAUGCUUUCGGGGAGUCAUUUGACACCAAUAACGUCCAUAAUCUGGCCAACAACCAAAGACUUUGAGAUCGAAACCGUGCCAAGAACCCAGCUUUUGUCGACGUCACCGACAGAGAGUGAUGACGCCAGAGACCUGCCAGGCCCGAACACGUGGCUGUGUGUGUCGACUCUAGUCGGACACACUGGAGAGAUAAACGGCGUGUGCGCCUUUCAUCAUAAGAAUAUGGUGACCACGUGUUCGAACGACAACACCGUCCGACUGUGGGAUUUAGACAGCCUGCAGUCACACUGUCUUGAAGGGCACGAGAAGGCGGUGUUGGACGUCGCCAUAACAACGGACGACAGUUUCCUGGUUUCUGCGUCAGGCGACAGACAGGUGGGCGUGUGGGACGUGGACACGCGAGACCUGCUCCACAAGCUGGUGGGACACACGGACAUGGUCGCCGCCAUUGCGAUCACGCCGGAUGACGCCAACCUGGUGUCAGGCGGUGGGAUGGACGAUACCACUAUCAGGAUAUGGAAGCUCAGGGAGGGGAAUCAGGUUGGUACGUUCAGGGGCCACGGAGAGGGAAUAAAGGCACUUAUAGCCGUGGACACUGAGAAGGGUCGAAUGCUCUUGUCCGGGUCUGUAGAAGCUACUUGUAGGAUAUGGAAGCUUGAAGACGCUCCGCAAGACGUUGCACCUCUUCUAGGACACGAUAGCCCGGUCUACGCUGUUGCCAUAUCAAGAAAGGGAAGGUUGGCGGUGUCGGGGUCACGUUCUGGGGAACUCAAGCUGUGGAACCUCCACUCUGGAGAGACAGAGGCCGUUGUGAGAAGCGCUCAUUCGAGGUCUAUCCGCGCCUUGGCUGUGUCAGAGGACGAGAGCAUGGUCGUGUCGGGAUCUAAGGACAGAAAGGUCAAGAUCUGGGACGUGAGUCAAGACACGGAGACCUCUAGCGACAUAUUUAGAUCGGUGCAGCCGUCUUACUUGUUCGAGAGGUCGGUGCUUCGUGGUCACGUCGGGGCGGUCCAAUGCGUCGCCAUCUCCCAAGAUUCUAAAUUGGUUGUGUCUGGAGGUUGGGACAACCUCGUUUUCUUGUGGAACGUCCAGAAGGGUAGGUGCGCUCGAAAGUUCGUCCACGUCAGCUACGGCAUCAUGUCUGUAGUGUUCUGUAAACAGUCUGUCGUGGCGUGUGCCAGAGAUAACGUGGUCUGCAGGUGGGAUGGUCUAACAGCAGAGGAUAAGACCAAGCGGACUGUAGUGCGCGGUCCGAGCGCUAGAUGGCUCUCUUACCCGGCGAUGAUGCUCCCAGACGAGGCAAAGAUUGUGAGCGGCUGUCCUGAAGACGAGCGGUACUGCCAGUGGGACAGAAUCGGGAGACAGUCAUUGGGGAGCUGUGGCCACCCGAUCGGCUCUGUCCUCACAGCCCUGGCUGUGAGCUGCGAUGGAAGAACGCUGGUUUCAGCCUCUACAGCCGGGACUAUAACAUCGAUCAAUCUCUCAACCAGUAGGAACGAUGUUACACAUUUUGUGACCCAAAAAGAAGUGGUAGCGCGUUCCGAACUCAAGAAGCAGACCAGUGCGAUCACGAUCUUAGAAACGGGAACGGAAGGACACACGGUUUUCUUGACGGGCGACGUGCAAGGCGCUGUCAAGAUGUGGCGCACCGACAGGGGAGCAGACGUCGUCCGCUAUGUGAAGGACAGAUUCGAGGUUCUGGGCGCGGCUCUGGGGCAGAUCACGUCCUUCUGCAACCUGUCCAGGCACCUGGCCGUGUCCGGAAGCGGCGGCGGCACGCUGGCGGUCUGGGACGCCCGCGAGCGGAGACGCCGCGACUGCUGGGAGGCGCACGACGCUGUCGUCACCGACGUCGUGACGACAGACGGAGGCGGGCGGCAGACGAUCCUCAGCGUCCCGAACACGCGGCUCGUUCUCAGCGCGUCGCUAGAUAGGACCAUAAAGCUGUGGUUUGUUUCGGCGUCGUCGUACCAGCCUCUCCAUCUCAUGUUCCUACCACGCGACUGCCCGCCCGCUCUCAGGCUGGCCACCGCUCCGGACGGCUGCCACUUCGUCACAGGCUCCGUGGAUAACAAGCUUCGGGCUUAUGACGCCAACACGUUCGAGCUUGUCAAGGAGUACCCGUCUGACUACUACGGCGUCAACUGUGUUGGCUUCACAGCGGACGGACGGGAAAUGAUGUGCAGCUACAGCGGUGGAUUUCUGGGUGUUUGGGAUUUCAACACGGGCGAGUGCGUGAACGCAAAGCGCGACAACACGACAAGACGCCCCGACACGUGGUGCCAUUUUUCCGCAGUCGUCCCAGACACAUGUCAAGUAGGGCCUAUAGUUGUCACAGGAGACUCGCAGAACAAGGUAACGGUUUGGGAUUACGUCACCGGUGACGUGAAGCAUUGCUUACAAGUUCCCAACCGGAAAUUACGUCGAUGUUCACAGGAAGUGACGUGUGUGACGGUGACGUCAGACGGUAGUAGAAUCGUGUCAGGGUCUGCAGACAUGACGUUACGGGUAUGGGCUAUCGCUCCUUCAGGAGAGACCAACUUGCUCUGUCAGUUCACGUUUGAGCACGCGCCAAGAGCGGCGGUCAUCACUGACACCGGGAAGAUCUGUGUGGGACUGAGUAACGGUCAAGUCUGCUUCCUUCAGCUCAAGGAACCGGUGAUAGUUUAGAUUUCAUCCAGUAUGAUAAGUUCCUUCAGUUUGUGUAAAGCAAACUCCGCUGUCCAGGGCUGUAGUUGGUCAAUUCUAGGGGUAGGCAAUUUGGGCCAAGGAGGUUAUAUAGAUAACCUCCUUAGUUGGGCGGCCCGCCACUGAAGCGCUUUAAUCAGACUAAAAGUUAUCUUUGUUGUUGAAUUACAAUAUGGAAAAAGUUAAACCGUCGAUAUAUCCGCUCAUACAUUUUCGUCUGAUUGUGCUAGUAUUCUGGAUACCGACAAACAGCAACUACUUUGUGUGAGGAGUACAGGAGGUUAUCUCCAUCAGGGCGCACCAACCUUAUGUCAACCGGGACGAGGGGCGAUAUUGACUUCCAACAACCUUUGACCCAUUGCUUGCGUCACACGCGCGACAAGUCACGUGUCGAGAGCGAUUGCGUCAGAGAGCUGAAGAAGACUGCGUCAUUCAGUCCCACCCAAAUUCCAAUGGUCCAAUUUUUUAUAAAGUCGAACAGUUUAACCAUUUCCUGAAUAUGCAGUAGUUGUUAAAUUUCCCACCAAGGAAAGCAAUAUCAUCUCUGGUAUGUCAAACGUUAGAUACAAUGGACAUCAAGGUAUUGGUGCAGUCCAUAAGAGGACGUGUGUUCAGAACAUUCACGAAUAUUCAGUUGUCUAUUUUCGUACCCUAUUAGUUCAGAUGCACGCAAUACAUAAGAGUUAUUUCCACAUGUAUCAUGGUGUAUGUCUUUUAACUUUAUAUGUCAAAAGCAAAAUGUUUACGGUGGAAAGCCCUGUGUGAAACGAUUUAGUGGUCGUCGUUUUGGUGUUGUUUUUGAUGAUCUAGAUGAGUAAGCAUUUGAGUGCUACUUCAUAACUUCUGCAGGUCGAAGGACACGAAAGACUGCUGAGCAUAAUGAUAAAUAUAUAA